AACUUAAUUGGUCGACAUGAAGUUAAGUUCAGAGUUAUUAGUGCUCUUUGCGUACAGUCUCUGCAUUUAUAAUGGUGCAGAGGCACGCGUAGAAGCCAUACCUCGAGGCCUACUCGAAGCAUGGAAAAUAGAUGAGGACUUCAAUGUUAUGUUACCACCAGAGCCAGAAGAGAUUUUGGAACGUUCUAUUGUUGUAGAUGUAUUGCCAGAAGUUCGUGCUAAUGAAUGCAGUAUCACUAUACGCGGUGGUUUGGUAAACCCACAACCAGUGUUCCUACAAACCAACAAAGCUGAAUUUUAUCCCUACAAUGAGCUUGGUGUUAUGCAAGUCGAUGCUGGCAAAACCUUCGAAAUGUGGUGUCCCAAUCAGUUCACUGCUUUCUCCAGCAAACUCCUGACAGCCACAUGUGUUGGUGGUACCACUUUUAAAGUUGAUGGCACUAACUACGAUUUCAAAGAAUUCGUUUGCAAAUCUUGGCCAGCCUUCACCGCACAAAAGACUGGACAAACCUGUGAAGGUGGCAUUUGGUUGCGCGCCGGUUUUGAGAUUGCAUCUAAUCGCUUUGUUGAACAAUACAAUGUAUGCUUCAAUGAGGAUGAGGAAGUUACACGUUACGUGCGUCAUAAACUUAACCCAGCCAGCAACUAUUACCAAACAGGUGUAGAUCGUCUUACUUUCCAAACAGCUGGUUUCUUCGAUGGCAAAAAUGUUGAUAAACUCUACACACAAGUCACACAAUUGGAAACUAUCAAUAACGAACUUGGUGGUGAUGCAGCUAGCUUCUUCGAUUCCUCUAAGAACGUUUACUUGGCACGUGGUCAUAUGGCUGCCAAAGCUGAUUUCGUCUAUGGCUCAGAGCAACGCGCUACUUUCUUAUUUGUCAAUGUAGCUCCACAAUGGCAAACCUUCAACGCUGGUAAUUGGGCACGUGUUGAAGAUGGUGUACGCGCUUGGGUUACCAAGAAUAAAAUGGAUGUGAAUUGUUAUACAGGUGUUUCUGGUGUAACCACUUUACCUGAUAAGAAUGGUGUAGAAACUCCAUUGUACUUGUCUUACGAUGACAAUCAUAACGGUUUAAUACCAGUACCAAAAAUUUAUUUCCGUAUUGUGAUCGAACCUUCAACCAAGCGUGGUAUUGUGUUUGUUGGUGUUAACAAUCCUCAUUUGACUUUGGAACAAAUUAAGAAGGAUUACAUAUUUUGUAAUGAUGUCAGUGAUCAGGUAACUUAUGUCAACUGGAAGAAAACUGACAUUCUUGCUGGCUAUUCAUAUGCUUGUGAAGUUGGUGAGUUCCUUAAAAAGGUACCAUACUUGCCAAAUGUGUCUGCCACUGGUGGUUUAUUGGUUUAAUUAGGUUUCGGUAUUUGGAAACGAAUAUAUUUUUUUAUAUAUUUUAAUAAAAAUGAUUUAUAAGUAUGCUCGAAA